AUGCUGAGGAACGCGAUACGGGCUCAAGGCCGAAUUCUAACGCGCGGUGUUGCUACCUCCGCGAGCAGCGCUGAGCUCCUCGACAUUGGCGAAAGACAUGUCACCAAAGGGUUGGGUCGGCUUGUGAAAGGAAUCAUGAAGAAGGGAGAGGGCUCGUACGUCUUCAUGGACGAUGGGCGCCGACUCCUUGACUUCACAUGUGGUAUCGGCGUAGCGAAUUUGGGACAUUGUCACCCCAAGAUCAGCAAGGCAGCGGCAGAUCAAUGCAUGUCAAUAGUACAUGCUCAAUGUAGCAUUGCGUUCCAUGAACCAUAUUUACGCCUCAUCCAAAAACUACUCCCAAUCAUGCCGCAUCCGUCUCUCGACUCGUUCUUUUUCUGGAAUUCCGGCUCCGAAGCCGUGGAAGCAGCUCUCAAGAUGGCUAGAACCUUCACUGGACGCCAAAAUAUCAUAGCAAUGCAAGGCGCAUACCAUGGCAGGACAUACGGUGCCAUGGCUGUCACCAAGAGCAAGACAAUUUACUCUCAAGGAACCAUGCCCCUGAUGCCGGGCGUAUUCACCACGCCGUUCCCUUACUGGCAUCAUUACAAUGUCCACCCCUCAACUCCGACCUCGGAGCUGACGCGAGAUGCCUUAUACCAACUUGACCUGCUUCUUUCUCAGCAAACACACCCGAAAGACACAGCUGCUAUUCUGAUUGAACCUGUCAUCGGCGAGGGCGGAUAUGUGCCCGCUCCGGCUGAAUAUCUGCAGGGACUCAGAGCGAUAUGCGACAAACACGGUAUAAUGCUGAUUAUCGACGAGGUUCAAAGUGGAUUUGGACGUACGGCCGGAAGUGGAUUCUUUGCCAUUCAAGACGCGGGGGUGAGACCCGACAUUCUUGUUAUUGCAAAGGGUCUCGCAAACGGCUUCCCUCUCAGCGGUAUCGUAACUCAAAAGCAAUGGACCGACAAGCUCCUCCCCGGUUCAAUGGGCGGCACAUACGCUGGGAACGCGGUGUCUUGCGCAGCUGCUUGCGCUGUAGCUGAUGCUAUGCACGAGGAACAGACUCUAGAGAAUGUCAGAGCUAGAUCCCCCCAGCUAGUCUCGUUCCUCAAUGGCGUCAAAGCAAAAUACCCCGAGUUCAUCCUCGAUGUACGCGGCAAAGGACUCAUGAUCGCCAUGGAGUUCGCAUCUCCGACGGUAUCAAAACACGAUGUCGCGAGGAAUGAGAAGGCGCCAGAGAAAGUUGCCGCGAAGAUAACUGCGAAAUGCCUCGAAAAGGGGAUGCUACUCCUCACGACGAGCGUCUACGAGACCAUCCGGUUCAUACCGCCAUUGAAUAUCACCGAGGCAGACCUCCAGAAAGGGUGCCAGAUAUUCGAAUCGGCCGUGAAGGAAGUUUUGGAAGGUUGA